CUCCAAAGUGACCAAGCUUAUAUAUAGUGACGGUCUUACCUCUCAUGCGUACAUAACAUACCAUUAAGCUCAGAAACCUCCUGGUAACCGCUCCAAGGCUUCUCUUUCACGUUUCGCUUAGAGCUGUGCCGGCUUACUCUCUAAGCAUAGCGGGAUAUGAGUUCCUGUUCUCUGGUUUGAGAGGUGCCUGCUGGCAACAGGAGAAACAGCCAUGUCGAGCGACGAUGAGGGGGUCGAACUGCUGAAAGUUGCCUUCGGAAGCAGCGAUGGCGAAACUAUUGUUGACAGCGAGCCGCAUAGCGAGCCAGAUAAAGACUGGACGAGAGGCUUGGCGCAACGAGCCACGGAGCCCGAAAUUAAGCAGCGGAAAGCGAAGGGCCCUUUCGUGUACAUGAAACAGGCGCACAAGCCAGGCCGCCAUUUCUACGUAAACGAGGAGAUUGAACGCGUACAGGCCAAGCGGGAUGCCAACAAGAUCAGGGAGCUCUUGCAACGCAACAACUUCAAGAUCCAUGGCACGGUCAACAUCGGCAGACACCCGGAGGUGGUCCCGCUUGAGUACAACUUUGACGGUGACCUGGAGGGCGAGGGCCGCGUGCCAGCCGAAGACGAGGGAUCCGCUGUGGAACGUCGGCCCGCACCACUGAAGGGCGCGGCAGCGUCUGGCGGCAGUCGCCGCGACAAGGAAGACGGCUCUGAGCCCGCUAAAAGCAAGUCCUCUAAGGACGGUAGCGACGGCUCCAGCCGGAGCUCCGACAGCAAGGACAAGGGCAGCUCGGACGGCAGCCGCAGCAAAGAGAAGCACAGCAGGCAGCGCGACAACAGGGAGGAGCGGCGCAGGGCUGACAGGGAACGCAGCCGCCACAGGCACCGGCAUCACCAUUCCCCCGCCCGUUCAUCAUCGUCAUCGUCCCUGGAGGCGGAACGAAAACACCGUCAGCACCGCCACGGCCAUUCCAACCACCACAGUCGCAGCAGGGUCGACGGCCGCAGCCAUGAGCACCGGCACCACAGCCGCCGGCGACCCCACCGAGAGGAACUCGCACCCAGGUCCGCCUCCCACCGCCGCCCGGACCGGGAACACGGCAGCCGCCAUGAGCGGCGCAGCCGCAGCCGGCACCCCCGUCCCCGUGAGCGCAGUGACUACUAUGGCUCUGAGAGCAGCAGCGAAAGGGAGCGCGAAAGGCGCCGGCGGGCGGAGCGCCGAGCCAGUCGCGAAGAGGUGGGGCGCCGUCGCGGCCACAGCCGGCACCGGGGUGAAGGUCAUCGGGAGAGUGGACGGCAUGGCAGCCGGGAACGGCGGUCGAGCAGGCGGCAUGAGGCGCCGUCGGACCGUAGCAUGCCCACGUACGGUGGCGACAGGAGACGGGAAAGCAGCAGGCACCGGCGCAGCCCGUCUCGCGGGCACAGCCGCCGGCACCUUGAUAGCGCAACCAGCGACCGCCGCCACCGUGACCACGACCGCAAACGCCACGAUCACCCCCACCAUGACCGGGACCACUCGCAUCACCACGACCGCCCCCGCCGUGAGGAGCACCGCAGCCGCAGCCGCCGGCCCGAUGGCAGGGACCCUGACAAGCGCGAGCGGGCGCACCGGGAUAUGGAGCGCAUCCACCGCAGCCUGGAGCGUUCGCACCGCAGCCGCGAGCGGGAGCACCGCAGUCGGGAGCGUGCGCUCCGGAGCCGCGAGCGGGAGUUCCGCAGCCGAGAGCGCGAGGUCAGGACUGACCGCUGGGAACGCAGGGAGCACAGUCGCCGCCGCCGCAGCGGCUCCCCGGUAGCGCGCGGCGCGUCGCCGUCCUCGUCAUGGCGCCGCCAGGGAGGGGGUGGGGUCGGCACGGGCGCGGAGCCUGCGGCUCCUGAGCAGCAGCCGGCGAGCGGCAAGGAGAAGCUGCGGGUGAAGACGGGCAACAUCAAGGCCAACAAGGUGACGCAACGGGGAGAUGGAUACAUCGUGCCGGACACCACCGAUGAGGAGAAGGAUGAGGAGGAGAUGGAGGGCGUGCCGCCGCUUCCCCGCAAAGCAGUGAGGCCGGCAGCGCGAGGUGAGGCGAGCGAGCUUGUGGCGAGGCCUUCAGCGCGGCGCCGGGAGCAGCCGCGGGAAGCUGGGGAGGAGGAAACGCCUCGUGCUUCGCGGCUGCCGUCUCGGCAGGAGAGCGCUCGUUCCGCCGCCAGCGGACCCGCCCUGUCCAUUGCCAGUGGGCGUGAAAGCACCCGGUCCGUGGCCAGCAGGCGCUCCCAUGCUUCGGCAGCAGCUGCUGCUGUUGCAGCUUUGCCUGCCGCUGCCCCGCCGCCCGCCCCUGCUCCGCCGCCCGCGCCUGCCCCGCCGCCCGCCCCUGCUCCGCCGCCCGCGCCUGCUCCGCCCCAAGCAGCACCAACGGAGGUCCCAGCGCCUGCCCCGGCGCCUGCAGUUGCAGCCUCCCAAGUACCAGCAGCAGUGUCGUCAGCUGCUGCACCGGCUCCUGCCGCACAGGAGCCCACCACACCCGCACCCGCUGCAGCGGCACCAGCACCAGCAGCGCCACCUCCGCCAGCCCCAGUGCAUCAAGCAGCAGUACCCGCUGCUAUGCAGGCUAGUGCGGCUCCGCCAGCGCCGUCUGCACCAGCCGACGCCGCGCAAGUCAUGGCAGCGCCAAGUAGUGCAGCCCCAGCCCCAGCUGCGGUGGCGCCAACAACAACAGAGCCUGUACCGGCGCCGGCAAUGUCGCCUGUGGCACCGGGCGCUGCAGCAGUUCCAGCUGCGGCUGCACCAGCUGCCGCUGCACAAGCCAUUGCGCCAACAGUUGUCCCGGCGCAAAUCCCGGCUGCAGUGGCGCAGCAAUCUCCAGUGGUUAUGCAGCCGAGUGUCAUCCCUCAACGUGCUGCGGCGGCUGCGCCAGUGGCUUCUGACGGCAGCUUUGCAGGCUUCCCGACAGCGGGUCGAGCCUAACAUCUAGGCCGAACAAGCAUCGUAUUAAGUGUCUUAAGACUGUAAGCGUGUAUACAUACAAAUUCCUAUUUAUCUUUUGUGGAAGGGGCGUGGAAACAUGGCAAGAUGUAAGGUCGGACGGGAUCGGGAUCCAAGUACGUGUAUGAAUGCUGGGACGCGGAGAGCUAGCGCGUGAGCCUCUCACCUCCACCUUCCUAUACUUGACUAUAUUGUAUAUUUGCUGAAUAGGGCUGUCAGUUAUCGUGGUUUGCUUGGACUCCGGGCCACUGCUGGCCUAGGCGAUGCACUGCCGUGACAAUGAGAGCAUCCCUUUUAACACCGUUUCGGCGUUCUGCGAGAGGGGCCACGGAUGAAAGCUCAGACGCCUCGGAUAGUCUUACACCGAAGGCAAUGCUAGGUCGCAGCUUGCCACUUCGCCACUCACAUACGGGCAUAAGGACGUCGCGCCCAGGGGCUCUGCAUGAAUCUUCGACAACAAUAAAGAAAAGGUCGUCGGGCGGCGGCGACGCUGUCAAGGUAUUCGUCCGAGUCAAGCCAAUUAUGGAGGAGGAUAUCCGGACAGGCCGUGCGAAGGACACAAUUGCGAUCCAUGACAGGGACGGCAAGCUUGGUAUUGCAAUUCCUGCUGCCAACGGGAAGGAAAACUGGUUCACUGACUUUGACGGCGUCCUCGAUAACUCCACAAACCAGCAACUGUUCGAAGCCGUUGGCGGGGGGCUGAUGCCCCAGCUCCUGGGAGGCAUCAACGUCUCCAUCAUGGCGUACGGCCAGACGGGCUCCGGUAAAACCUACUCCAUGUUCGGCUGCGAUGAGCCGGACAUCAAGGCUCAGGGCCUGCUGCACAUGGUGCUGCACAAACUGGACGAGAGCGUGUGUCUGGGGUCGCCGCGUGCCAGCCUCAGCAUCUCGGUGUUCGAGGUGUACAAUGAGGAGCUGUUUUGCCUGCUGGACGCGGCAAGCGUGGAGCGGAGGUCUCUGAGCAAGGGAAUGUCGGAUUAUCACCAGCACAAGCCCAGGCAGAUGAACAACGUGGACGAGGCCAUUGCGUUGGUGCUGGAGGCGCUGCAGAACCGGGCCAGGGACGCCACGGUGCGCAACGCCACCAGCAGCCGCAGCCAUGCGUUCGUGCGGAUGCGGCUGGAGCAGUCGUCGCUGUUGGGGACCGAGGAGCAGGCGCUGUCCUCCACGCUGUUCCUGGUUGACCUCGCAGGCAGCGAGAACAUCAAUAACGCCAACAGCAGCACGCAGCAGAAGGAAACCAUCAACAUCAACUCCUCGCUGAACGCGCUGGAGCGGGUGGUGAACGCGUUGUGCACCCGCAGCCCCCAUGUGCCGUACCGGGACUCGCUCCUGACGCAGGUGCUGCAAGAGGGGCUCGACCCGUACAACGCGCGCGUGGCGCUCAUCACCACCGUCAGCCGCUUCCAGUGCGACGCCACCGUGUCCAAGGGCACGCUUAUGUUUGCGCAGCGGGCCCGCAACGUGCGCACCUAUGCGGUCGCCAACGUGGCACCCAAGCGGCCCAGCCCGGCGUGCCCUGAGGAGCUGCAGCGCCAGCUGCAGGCCCUGCAGGCCAUCAACAACAAGCUCAGGCAGCAGCUAGCAGACCUGGAGGCCAGCCAUGAGCGCCAAAGUCGCGAGCGGCACGCGGAGGCCAUGCGUGACGAGCUCACGCGCCUCACCGAGCUCCACAACGAGCUGCGACGCACCAGCGCUCGCCACCAAGCGGAGGCGGAGGCGGCGCUGGAGGCAGAGCGCAGCGCGCACGCCGCCACGCGGACGCAGCUGGAGGAGGCGGAGCGGUCCAAAGCUGAGGUGCAGGUGAUGAUGGGUGCAGCGGCGGAGGAGGCGCGCCGUACCACUGCAGACCUGCGUGCGCAGUUGGCGGAGGCGCGGCUGGAGGCGGCGCGGUUGCAUGGGGAGCUGGCGGGGGCGCGGGCGCUGGCGGAGCAGGUGCAGGAGCAGCACAAGGCGGCGCAGCAGCAUCUGAUGCAGGCGAAAGACCUGGUUACAUCGCUGAAAGGCCAGCUGGCGUCGGUGGAGAUGGGUGCCAACCAGGAGAACCAGGAGCUCAAGCAGCAGAUCACCAAGCUCAGGGCGGACGCCGUGGCCGCCCGGAACGCCGCCGCAUCGGAGGUAUCCGGGCUGCAGCAGCGAGUCCACAGCUUGCAACAGCAGCUGGAGCAGGCCAAGCAGGCAUACGAGCGACAGGCCCAGGAGCUCAUAGAGGCUCGAGAGCAAGCCACACAGGCGCAGCGCCGCUUGACGGAGGUGGAGCAGGGCGCGACGCAGCAGGUAGCGGCGCUGCAGCAGCAGCUGGAGGGUGCAAAGUCACGGUCUGAGCAGCAAACGGCGCAAAUCCGGCGGUUGGAGGGAGACUUGGCGGGCGCCCGAGACCAGGCUGGUGGGGAGGUGGAGAGGCUGCGGCAGCAGCUUGCCGAGAAGGCUGCGGCUAUGGCGCGGCAGGGCAGCAUGCACUCGGCAGCGCUGGCAGCGGCGGUGCAGGAGGCGCGUGCCGCCAGUGAAGCUGCAGCAGCGCAGCAGAUCGUGCCCCUGCAGACGGAGUGCGAGCGACUGCGCGCUACCUGCACAUUAUCUGAGGAGCAGAUGACUCGACUGCAGGCGGAAUGUGAGCGGCUGCGGGAAGCCGGCGGUGCGGCCUCGGAGCAGGUCAUGCGCCUGCAGGCGGAGUGCGCUGCAUUACGAGAGGCGGCGCACAGAGCGGAGGUGGAGGCCUCGGAGCGGGUGGCGAAGCUGGAAGCGCAGAUCGAGCGGGAUGCGGCUCCGCGGCGUGAUACCUUCAAGCAGAUGCAGGAGCGGGUGCGGCAACUGGAGGCGGAGAAGAAGCGGGACGAGGCGGACCACAGGGGGCAGCUGGAGCUGAAGGAGAAGCUGGUCCGCCAGCUUGAGCUCAUCAACAGCCAGCUGCAGUCCGAGGUUGCCCGCCUGAAGCAGGACACCGUGGUGGCGCUGCUGAGCGACCAAGUCAACAUCGGCAGCCCCUACACCGCGCUGCCCCACUGCGGCAGCCGCUGCGACAUGGGGUGCGGCAGUCCCACCGACGACGUGACGCCCCUCAGCUCCGCCAACAUUACUCCCGCGCCCAGCCGCGGGCCUUCUAACGGCGGCAUGCUGCUGCUCAACCGCACCACAACCGGCAGCGCCGCAGCCCUGGCGCGCAACACACGGGGCGGUAAGGGCGACGGUGUGGCCCCGCACCCGCCGGCGCCCAGGCAUCCGGGGUCGUCGGCGGCUGCAGGCGCUGCCAACCCCGCCCAGCCGCCCUCUGAGGGCGGUGCCCCUGAAGUGAUUAACCUUGUGACCCCCGUCAGCACUCCCGGACCCCCCGAGCCACGACUGACGCCCACCCACCUAUCUCCGCUGGAGCAGAGCCUGUUGGCCCUGGUCCAAGAGCAGCAGACCCGCCCGAACCACUUUACGCUGAGGACCAACGCUGUGCGGAACAGGAUGAACUACUGAAGAUCGGCCGAGGAGGCUGCCAAUGCAUCCUAGCGACCACCCCCAGCACCAUUGUGCGCGACCCAACGGUCCAACCCGUGACAACAACAGUGCACUGGGCCCUCUAUAGGAAGACACGCAUAGCUGUGAUCUCCCAGAUUGGGAGGCACACUGUAUGGACCUUUGCCAAAGUCGUCAUGUACAGCCUCCUUGACAAUUUGCUUGCUAGUUACUUUCGACUGUGUUUGUUGCCGUACUUUAUUGCAAUGGGACCCCAUGCCACAUGUUGCUGUGUACAAGGUUGAUUGACUGAUUGGGCGUUGGGUGACCUGUCGAGAGUAGACGUUGUCUCGACGUUUUACAGCAUAGGACUCAUAAAUCCUCUAGGGAUUUGAAAACCAGAAGGCUAAGGGUUGGAAGCCCCUGUGACCACCGAUGAACACGUUGCGAUCUGUUGCCCGUACCAACACCACAAGACCAAAGUUGUACGAGCAUGCUGGGACAUGUGCUCCACUGUCCGCCAUUUGAGAGCCGUCACAUAUGAUGUUUAAGAUAUGCAAGCGUUGAAGGUCCGUAGUAGGCUAGUAGCUAUCACGUUAGCUGUAACCCU